AUGGAGAAGCACGUCGUGCAGAUCUUCGAGAGGACCAAGCGAAUCAUAGAUCAGUCGCGCCAGCAGUGCCAUCUUUGGGAGCACCACCUUUUUCCCAAACUCCUCCUCAACGGAAUUCCCCCUCCUCCAUGGCUCUGCAACUCUUCUCUUCACACUCGUCCCUCAGAUCCCCAAGAGUUAAACAAGGAUGAGCUUCUUUCCGAAGUUCUACUUUCGCAACCGCAAGUCGGUGUUCCUUUAGCAGGUCAUCAUUGCAAUCUAUACAGCAAUCUGGAUGCUGUAUCUGAUGGUGUUCAGUAUCCAAUUGGUUUGCAUGAUGAAGGUUGUGAUUUAAUAAAAGACUGCAACACGGGAGAUGGGCUUUCAAUUGUGCCAGAUUGCUCUGUCAAUAAUACUGGAUGUGCCUCAAGUGGUCCUCCUGAAUUGGAUUUUGGUGCUGAAUCACCUCAGAAUCAGUUGGAACCAAGGGUCUCAGGCUGUCACCAUGACCCAGCUCUGUCACUGGCAAAGUUGCAAAGGUCAAAGUCGAGGCAGAAGGCUCUGGAGCUACGUAAUAGUGCAAGAGCACCCAAACGCUGGUCAAGAGAUGAUAGUAAUGCUGGUGUGUGUGCUGGCACAGUUACAGGUUCUACAUCGUCAACUCCACAGGCAGAACAUCUAAUGGAGUCAGACUGGGUCAAAGAUUUUCGUUCCAACAUCCAAAGUUGUUCCAUGGAAGAAAUGGCACGACGUGAUUGUGUUACUCAAGAAGACAAGUCUAAUUACUCUGGCCGGAUAACAAGAUCUAAAAGAUUCCAAAGGUUAAAUUCUUCGAAUAAUGCUAGUUCUUCUGAAUGGGAGGAAGAUGGUCCUUUGCCUUAUGACUUGAACGAAUCACUGGAAAUAGUCAAUCGGUGUUGUGCUAUUACUGGAGGUUGUGGUGUUAAGGAAGCAAAUGAAGGAGAGUAUCAGAGGAGAGAAGCUGGAAGAAGGGAAAAGAAGAGGUUAACAAAAUCUAGAAGUUCUAGCCAGGCAAGAUGUAUUAAAGAAUCGUUUAAGAUUGACAACACCUUGAGCAGAGGCAAACGAACUGAAAUCUGUGAUCUUAUGCAACCAAUUACUCAUGUUGAUCAGACGCAUUUAAGCAAAGCAUCUGAUUGUAAUGAUGGAAGUAGGAGGAAUACAAUCAACGAUCGUGAUUUCAUCCUCAAUAAACAAGAAAGUAACAUUCAUGUAAAGUCUAUCGAUAAAUCAGCACAAUCAAAUGAACUUUUAAUUUCACAGAAUUCACAGAAUGUAGCAGAGCCUGUUGUUGGGUCCUUCGGCAGUCAAAAGGAUCCUGACUUUGCCGUAGUAAAAACAAAAGAUUGUUUAAGUAGAAGCUGUUUGGGAAAGGAAUACAUAACCAGAGACCCAGAGUCGCAGAAUCACCCUGAAGAAGUAUUGGAUUCUUCGAGAUCCAAUUCUUGUGUGCAAAAUGCUGCCUGCUCUGAAUCUGCUGGUAAAAGGUCUCAAAAUCUACAGCCUACCGAAAUGGUUGCUAGAAGGUCAUCUUCAAGUCCAAAGUAUUCCAAAUUAGAUAUAGAAAUUGCUAGAAAUUCUGCAGAGGAGGAGAAAGCUGCAACACUCACUACUUUUAGAAAUACAAGGGCUGUGACUACUUGCGCAAAAGAAGGGUCGUUAAUCCCAGUGAGUUCUUCCAAUUUAGAUGGCAAGUCUUUACUUGCAGAAUCAGUAUACAUUGAGACAGCUGUGGAUGGGGAGGUCACGAAUACCCAAGAAAAUAUACUAUCCGGUACCAUUCCCAAUGAUAAUGUCAAGCAGAGAUCUGCUGCAACUGGCGAAGUUGAUGCUUAUUGUGAUGGAUCAGUUGAAAAAGAUUCUAGUGUUAGCCCUAAGGUUGGGCUCAAUGUAUCAGUCUUGAAGCUUCCCUCUGAUGUUGUUAUGUCUGUAAUGCCUAAGCAACUUGAUUUUGAUGAUGUAGAAGAGACAAGUAUGAAUGUAAUUUGUAGUCCUGAUUUGAAAGAGGGCCAAAGGGGAAUGUCACCAGAAGAAGAACCUCUGAAUUCAUUGGAGCCAGUGAAUUUAGUAGAAGAGGAAACUUCUCUUGUGCACCAAAGUAAACACAAGUCGUUGGGGGAGAUGCAUUCAAUGGAAAUGCAGGAAGUUCUGAUCAGAGAAGAGGAGCCUCAGAUGAAAUAUUGUGAAAACCACUUUGAGGAGGAAGAUUUAACCAGCUCAGCGCUAAAUGCCAUGUCACCAAUCAAAGAGUUACCCAUGGUUCAGAAUGAUUUCUGCAUUCUUAGUUCUUCCUUGAUGAAUCAUUCAACUCCUUCACAAGUUGCAAGUGAAAAUUCAUCAGGAAGUUUGUCAAAAGAAGCCUUGACUUCCAAAUUUGUUUUAGUAAAAGGUAAACUGAAAGAUGAUGGAAGAAGUACUGGGCUGGCAGAUUCUUCUUCUGAAGCAGUUAGUGGAAAUGGUCUGCAUAAAUACACAGACAAAAACAUUACCAACAUCACAGUUGGGUUCCCAUUUGCUGCUCCCAUGGAUGAUAUGAAUGCUGGCUUAGCACUACAGGGCCAAAAUAGCAUUUUCUCAGCUCAAGAAGGUGGCUUAUUGGGGAACGCACUGCUCAGUGAUGGAAAAAUCACUGGCUCUUUAAAUUACUUUCAGCUUUCCAAAAGUUCCACAGAGAGUUUCACUUAUGAUGUGGAGCGUCAUCAUAAAAGAAGGAAGACUGAAAUUGAAACACACAAAUUUCUACCUGCCACUUCAAACCUCUUGGAAAAGCCGCUUGAUUCCACUGACCAAAGACCUAAAAGUAGAAACUUGAGUAUUGAGGAAGAUAUCCCCAGGAUUGUCCUAGAAGUUCAACAUUUGGCAUGUAAUCAGGAGGAUGAUACAAGGCAUCAGUUUGUUAGUAACUCAGAUGAAAUUCAGAACAACAGGAAAUGCCAAACAAUGGAAGGUUCUUCACUUAAGGCGAGAAGAGAAGAGAAACUUAUUUUGGAUGGAAGAGACAGAUGUGCGGACACCCUUCUGUUGGAAGAGGCUAAUAUGUCAGGAUUUGUUAUGGACUCAACAUUGAGGUGCAGCAUGGAUGAGAAGAUGGAUUCGUGGCAUCGUCAGGUUAUUUGUGGAGAAGAAAGUGCAGAACUUCUGGCUUGUGUUGAAAGAAACAACUCCAGUAGAAGAAUUUAUCCAGGAGGAAAUCCUAAAUUCUCAGAUGGUGUGCCUCUUUCUCCAGGAAUACAGUGCUUGGAUUCGAUUGGUACAGAUGAAACUUUACCGGAGUUUGAAGGGUUCAUUAUGCAAACAGAUAAAGCACAGCCAUGCAUUGCUGAGGACCAAAUAGAGUUGGAAAAGAUGAAUCUUCCAAGUAACUCAAUAGAUUAUACAUCCCAUGGUAAAUCUAGGUCCAUGCAUUCUCCAAUGUGCUAUUCUUCAACCCCAUAUAAGUUGCAUAACAUACCAGAGUUCUGUCAGUCUUUACCUAAUGGACUUCUGGAGGGUAUAGGUCAAAGGACUUCCCUUCCUCUUAAUAAUGGGAGUCCACGGUCUCUUUCUGAUGGCCAACCAAAUUGUAUGGGUCAUUAUACUUCUUCAGUUCAAACUCUUUGGGAUCGAAUUAAUUCAAACUUUGGCAGUUCAGGGAAGCGUAAGAGUUUAAAGCUAGAGCUUCCCUGCAUCAGUGAAGAAAAUGAAACUGUGGACGAGAUUGCUGGUAAUCUCCAAAGGGGUAUUAGAUCAGAAGGAAUGACUUCUUCAAUUACAAGAGAACCACUAGUGGAGAUUAUAGAUAAUCCAAACCCAUCUACAUCAAUUUUACAAGAUGAUGUAUUAACUGGUGGUCGUGAAGAUUGUAUAAGCACAGAAUUUAACCUCAGCGGGACUCGCAAUAAGGUAAAAAAUAAUGUUGACAAACAGAAUGGCAACAGGAGAAGAUUCAUGAGUAAGGGGAAGGAGAAUCAGAGUAUAUCUCUUGGAGCAAAUGGUGCCAAGAGGACCACUGAAUCAGUCUGCAAAAGGCCCAGUAGGCCAAAGUUAUCUGGAAAAGAUAGCAUGAAACGAGGUACCACAUAUUCCGAAGUAAAGUCUACAUGCAACAAUAUUGUAUCGAACAUUUCUUCCUUUAUUCCAUUAGUUCAACAAAAACAAGCGGCAGUAGGUUUAACAGGCAAGAGAGACAUUAAAGUGAAGGCCCUGGAGGCUGCUGAGGCUGCCAAGCGUAUGGCUGAAAGAAAAGAGAAUGAACGCAAGAUGAAGAAGGAGGCAUUAAGGCUUGAGCGGGAAAAAUUGGAACAACAGAACCUAAGGCAGCUGGAGCUGCAGAAGAAAAAGAAGGAGGAAGAAAGAAAGAAAAAGGAUGUGCAAAUGGCAGCAAAGAAGAGACAGAGGGAAGAUGAAGAGAAAAAGGAGAAAGAAAGAAAAAGAAAGCGUGUCAAUGACACAAAGAAGCAGCAGCUCGAGCAUGAGAAGAUACAUGCUAAAAAAGAAGAGAGAGAAAUACAGGGCCGAGCUACAGGUGAAGGAAUCCAAGAGAACAAGAAAUUUAUGGAUGCUGGAGAAAAUCAUAAGAACUUGCAAGAGCAAGACAAAAGAGAAGGCAAUCUGGAGAAAAUUUCUGAAACUGAAUCUUUGGCCAUCAGGAAUUCCGAAGUUCAUAUAACAAAAGAAAAUUGUCCUGAAUAUUUAGAAACUGUGAAUGAUUGUGUCAAUGAUGUAAAGGUAAUGAGCACUUCUAUCAAAGCCACUGAAGAUGAUGACUUGAUCAUCAAAAACUCACUUCAAGAGCAAGCAUACGAAAUCUCUCCGUAUAAAGGGUCAGAUGAUGAAGAUGAAGAUGAAGAUGGCAUCCCAAAUAAUAAGUUUAUCCCUUCAUGGGCAAGUAAGCGUAGCCUCUCGUUGAUUGUUUCUUCCCAGAAAAUAGACCCGGAAACGAUAUUUCCUCCACAAAGUUUUUGUACUAUAGCUGAAGAUUUUUGA